GUUGUUAUUGGACACACCGGUUUUUUGUCUCUUAGUUUGUUCCGCACGGAUUCCAUAUGAGUGUUUGGUUGUUGUUAUUUAUUUAUUUUUAAUUAUUUACCUGCCUAUUUUUUUCCAUUCUCACACCAAAAUACCAGUUCUGAAUCAGAUUAUCGAAAGGAUCAGCCUUAGUUUGAAGACUUCCAUGUCAAGUUACAGCAGCAACGAAGGAGGAUUUUUCAACUCUGCCUACCAUGACACAGAGACUCUGGAAUUGGAUAGAAGGUCUUCCAGAAACCCACAGCAUACCAACCCCUAUGGCCGAAAAGACCAGGCUCUGUAUAAUGACAGGACAGAAACAUAUGACUCCACGGUUGUUCAGAGUGUCAGUGAUGAUGGAAGAGUACCUUGGGCGGGCUGGCAGGAGGAAGGAUGGAGGGGGAGAGAGAGUAUCCCCAUGGAACUACAGUCAAGACGUCCAGAGAGACCUGUGUUGCAGCAGGACUUAAACAGCAGUUCAAUUCAAAUUCCCCAAGACUUUCAGCAUGAUCGGUUGCCACCUAUCCAAUUCCCUUAUACGUCAUCAGGCACCAUGUCAAUGAGAUUUAGAGGAGUUGGAAUGAGGUUAAACAUGUUUCCUAGUGCUGAUCCUGGUCAUAUAGCGUUUGCAGAAGAAGCCAUCAUUAAUGAGAUGGAAAAAGAAGAACGGAGCCUGGUCAAAGAACUUGUCGCCUUGUCAACACGAGACAGAGUAAAUGCCAUACGGGACCUUCCGAUGAACUUUAAAGAGAAAAAACACAUCAGGAGUCAAGUUCUUGCAAUAAAGUCUUCCAAGCAAUCUCGGCGGUUCACAUGCUUUGCAGAUUGCUCGGAGACAGCGUCAGUGUCCAUUCGCAGGGCCGGCGACAAUAUCCGGUCAGCUAAACAGGCCUUGGGACUGUGGCAAGGCGUUAUGAAAGAGAUAGGCGGAAAGUUUGGCACCAGCGUACUUUCCUAUUUUCUGUUUCUUAAGUGGUUGCUCAUGGUCAACAUAUUGUCCUUCUUGGUCAACUUUGGAUUCAUCACCAUCCCGCUGCUACUGUCCGAUCACUCCCCCAAUUUACCCUCAAGCUUCAGAGGACUGGAGAUACUAACAGGGGCUGGUUACUUCACCUACACUGUCAUGUACUACGGUGGCUACAGCAACAAAACCCUUGUGGAUUCUGUGGAGUACAACAUGCAGCUGGCCUACUUCUUCACUAUCGCCAUUUAUAUGGUGUUGUGUGGCAUUGCACUCAUCUUUAGCAUGGCAAACUCAUUCCAGGCAAACUACGUGCUUGCGGCUCAGGUGUCAAACAGUGCAUGGCAGCUUUUGUGCAGCUGGGAUUUUAGCAUAGUCAAUGAGAAAGCAGUGAGACGGCGCAAGAACAACCUCAGUGUACAGCUCAAGGAGUCAAUGUCAGAGAAGGCCCAAAGGGAGCAGUUAACCCUCAAUGAAAAGAUCAAGCAAAUAGGGAUUCAUCUCGGCUCGUGGCUCCUCUCCACCGGCUUGGCUGUGGGCUGCGGAGCCAGCGUCUAUUACCUAUGCCAAUACGAACAGCAGAGGACAGUGGAUGUGGCAGACUCAUCGCUGCAACAGGAGGCAGAGACUCUUUUGGUCCCCUUUGUGGUGUCCUUGAUGAACCUGGUGGUCCCACUCUUCUAUUCCCUCUUCAAUAAGUUUGAGCAUUACUCCAGUAAACGCAAGCAGAUCUACGCCCUGGUGCUCAGGAAUGUUAUACUCAAGAUGUUUAUUCUGGGUGUCUUAUGUUACUACUGGAUGAAUGUGGUGACUCAGACGUUUUUGUGUUGGGAAUCCAUGGUUGGACAGGCCUUAUACCGCCUGGUCAUCUUUGACUUUUUCUUUCUGAUGUUAGGAUCUUUCUUUGGAGAGUUCCUUGCCAAUUGGAUUGGAACUAAAUUUUUACCACGGCUUGGUGUUCCCGAGUUUGACGUAGCCAGGAAUGUCCUUGAGCUCAUCUAUGCACAGACUCUGCUCUGGAUUGGAAUUUAUUUCUCUCCGCUGCUGCCUGCCAUCCAAAUUGUCAAGUUUUUGACCUUGUUUUACGUAAAGAAGGUCAGCCUGACCCACAACUGUCAGCCUCCACGUCGAACAGGCAGGGCAGCUCAGAUGCAAACCAUCUUCGUUGCCCUCCUAUUCUUCCCUUUCUUUGUCGGAGCCCUGUCCAUGGUUGCAUACACUGCAUGGAGACUGACUCCCUCUAAGCAGUGCGGCCCUUUUCGGGGUCUGAACAACACCUUCAGUGUGGUUGGGAUCUGGAUCGAUGGUCUCGAGCACAUUCCUGGUUCUCAGGUGGCCAUUUGGAUCUAUGAAAAUGUCAUCAGGAGUGAAAUUGUUUACUUCCUCGGCACACUCAUAAUCUUAAUCAUCAUAUAUAUCUUCUGGCAAGUCACUCAGGGCCGCAAGCAGCUUAUUGGUCGACUGAGACAGCAAAUUGUCAACGAGGGCAAAGACAAGUCAUUCUUGCUGGAAAAACUGCAGAACCUCCAGAAAUGUCAUCCUAGUAAGAAACCCAAACAGAAGAAUCAAAAGAAGAACCCCAAGCAUCGAUCGGAUCGCAGUUUUCCGGGCGGUCAAUUCAACUCCAAUGGAAUGGUUCAGGCUUUGAUUCUUCACCAACGUCUUGAGGAAGACGAGGCAGGACGCAGACCCACUGGAGGCGCUGACGCUUUGGUGCAGACCGCAAUGUUCCAUCAGAGAGCCCAGGAUCAAAACGGAGCAUUUCACCCAACGCACCAGCCGUCCUUCACUCCAGACCUGAGUCAAGACGAGGAAAACGAGACAGAUUUCCGCUACAGGGCAGCGGAGUUUCCUGAGAGCCCUCUCAACGGGUCCAUCGCUCUGAUGCAGGCGAGACAAAGAGAAAACGACGCAGCACAAGGACACGACUCACCGUCUUCGUUCUCCAAUGCUAUGAUGCAAGUCAUGCAGGCAAGACAGAACGCCGAGAGAGAAGAGAGUCUCCAUUGGGGAACCCCAGAAAAUGCACCUCCUGCCAGGUCUAGCGCUCUCAUACAAGCAAUGUUGGCCCGGCAACAGGCCCAGAAUGAGUUUGAUGACGGCUACUGAACUGAAAGUUUGAAGGUAAUCAACAGCAAGAAUGAGAAAUGUUAUUAAUCAACACCAGAAUUUCUACUGGCAUCCAGAUUAGUUAACUAAAUUUGCAUAAACUGCAAACAUUUAUUUGUGAGAGUGCAGGUUCACCUCAGUAUUCCCUAUGUUUCAUUAAAAUAAUAUAUGACAAAUAUAGACGUAUAUGUAAAUAUAUAAAUAAAUACAGUAUUGUAUCAUUAACCCUAUAGCAUUAAUUGGUAUUGCAUCUCUACUAAUGGCUUAGUUUUUUUAAUGCACAUUCUAAAAACAAGAUUAAAGGACCCAUAGCGUCCUGAUGAGCAACAUUUCACCUCUUUAUGUAUUUUUUGCUCCUGGACAUUUUCCAUCAAUUCAUUUUUUUGUAACCAACAUAUAAAUACCCUUCCAAUCGCCAAACUUGAUAUGCCACACUCUUGGUGUGACGUCAUCAACUGAACUGCAGACAGAAUGGAUGAAGGCAUGUAAAACUGUUAUUUUGAUCACUUAGUUGCAUGUUUGUGUGGUCCUGGUCCAUGAUGACUUCAAACUGAUAUGGUUAACAUUAUGAGCAGAGAAGAAAUACAACAUAUUAUUUCUGAACUUUCCAUAUACACCACAGCCUGUGAGUCUCCAUAGUCUUUUUGAUUUUUUCUCAAGCAUCUUGAGGAAAACAUCAGUAGAAGAGGACACAUAAUACAAUACUAGCGGUUUACCUCUUCAGUUUUCCCCAGGUUCUGACUCAGUCUCUCUCCUAAUUUUCUGGAUCACAUUGAGCUUGAGUCUUUUAAUGUUUUCCACCCAAACUCAGACCAAAACCCUUCUUUGAAGUCAGAAUCAUUGAAAAGAUGGCUGCAAAUUACACUCCUCUGGGUUGGUUCGUCCCAUUUUGCACCGUACUUUCCUCAUAUUCCAUCCAUCCAUCCAUUUUCUACCGCUUGUCACAUCAUUUGAAAAUGUAUGCAGGCUUACCCCUUUUUCAGUUUUGUUUUCAACUUGCAACAAUGCAUCUGGCAGACAUAUUUGAUAUUUCAUUCAAAUUCUGCUUGAAAAUGAACAACAUACUCUGCAAUAUGAAAAUGCCUGCAGUCUUCUGUAGGUGACAUGAGCAGGCUGAUUCAGCCCCCCACAACCCCCCCAUUUUGGAACUGAAAGUGGCCGUUCCAAAAUGUGUUGAAAAUAAAAAGUAAGCCUAAAAUUCCUACUGUUUCUAUUUUGGGUGUGCAUUUUACCUGUCGACUUCAUUUUUAGGUCCAGAACUAUUAAAUAAGUGCCAUUGUUGUCAGAAUUGGUGGGGUCUGUAUUAGUUAAUAAAUAUAUGUAUUAUAUUACACCAAUUUGCUUUGUCACCAAUAACGUUACAAUCGGGGUGUUUUGUUUUGA